AUGGUUAUAUUGGGCUGGGAGACCAAUAAUAAGUACAUAGUGAAGAACAGUAUGGGGCAACAGGUGUUCUUUGUGGCUGAGGAAAACGACUGCUGUAAUAGACAGUUCUGUGGACCGCUGCGUUCAUUCGUCCUCCAUGUUCAGGAUAACAUGGGACAGGAAGUGAUGACACUCACUCGUCCUUUGAAGUGUGGAAGCUGCUGUUGUCCCUGUUGCCUGCAAGAGCUCGAAAUCCAGUCUCCACCGUGCAACCCGAUUGGAUAUGUGAUCCAGAAUUGGCAUCCUUUCCUUCCCAAGUAUACCAUACAGAAUGAGAAGAAAGAAGCAGUUCUGAAGAUUGUGGGGCCGUUCUGUUCAUUCAGAUGUUGCGCUGAUGUGAACUUUGAUGUUUUGUCUGUGGACGAAUCAACAAAGGUGGGCAGAAUCUCUAAACAAUGGACAGGUCUGGUGAGAGAAACUUUCACUGAUGCAGACAAUUUUGGAAUCUCCUUUCCUAUGGAUCUGGACGUGAAGAUCAAAGCUGCUCUUUUCGGAGCAUGUUUUCUCAUAGACUUUAUGUUCUUUGAACACAAUAAAUAA